CGCGCAUUCGCGCUUGUGUGUGUAUCCUAACAACGCGAUGGAGCAGAGAAGCCUGAUUUAAGGAGUUAUUAAUAAAGCGGUAUUCCAAAAUGUCAGGUCAACCUGAUACAGCAGCAGAGACAGCAGCAGAUGACGUGUCUCGACUCGAAGGUGUUUUACAAGACAUGUCUGUUCAUCAACAUGCUCGAGCGAGGCCAGAUGUCUCUCAGAUGUCCAGGGAGGAGCUGGAGGACCGGUUCCUGCGUCUCUAUGAAGAGUCCCUGCUCUUUAAACAACACGUCAACAAACAGGAGGACAAGAUCAAGAAGCUCGGCACCAAGCUGAUGAAGCUGGUGAAGGACCGCGGCCGCAUGGAGCAGCUGGCGGCGGGAGGAGCCCAGGCGGUCUCCAGGGCUCGGAACGUGGAGAUGGAGAUGAUGUUGGAGGAGCUCCAGGAGAAGGUGCGAGGGCUCCAGACGGAGAACGAGGGGCUGAAACAGCGCCUCCUGGUGGCCAAGCAGCAGUUGAUGAACUCGCAGAGUGGCAGGCUGCGUCAGUACAAACGCGUCCAGCCGCGAGUCAACUCUGGAUUGAAGAGGAGAGACGAUUCUCCGUCUCCGUCCCACACACGACCGGGCCUUCUGGAGGAGGCGAGGGCCAGGACACGUAACCUGGAGAACAUCAUCGAGUCUCAGCAGAGCCACAUGGAGGAGAUGGAGGCGGAGCUAGAGCAGCUGAGGGAGGAGCUGAGGGCGACGCAGGCCGAAUACGAAGACAGACUUCAGCAGGCGCAACAGAUCAACAAGCUCAGGUCGCACGUCAACAACAACGUGACGCAGAUCAAACUGCAGAAGCAGCUCACGGAGAAGUCCAACGCUGUCACUGUGCUGGAGGGUCAACUACAGGAGCAUAAGCAGACACUGAAGGCAGCGAUACAGAAGCUGGACGAACUUUCUGAGCAACUCAAACACGAGAAGCUCAAGAGCGGAGACCUGGAGAACAGGCUGCACGUCUACAACAACAAGUUAGAGCUGCUGCCGCAGCAGUUGAGUGCAGUGGAGCAGGAGCGAGAUCAGCUGAAGGAGAACUAUAACAAACUGCUGGACAGCAUCUUUGACGUCUCUCAGCAGCAGAAAUGGCAGAGCCAGGAGCAGCAGCUGAAGUUACAGAUCGUUCAGCUGGAGACGGCGCUGAAGGCCGACCUCGACGACAAGAAUCUAAUCCUCCAGAAGCUCAAGGCAGAGCGGGAGACGCACGAGAAACUCGCAGAAGAAAACAAGAAGCUUCACAGUCAGUUUCUGGAGCAGAAGCAGGAAAUGGACGAGCUGAGGGAUGGUUUGAAACUCCACAGCAGGGAGAGUGAGCCGCGCAAGGAGAGACGUGACCUGAGCUUCCUGGAGCAGGUGGAGGAAAAAGGGAGCGUCCAAGAGCUUCAGGCCGCUCACGCAGAAACCAUCCUGGAGCUGGAGAAGACCAGACACCUGCUGAGCACGGAGAACAAAAUCAGCAACGACUACAAGGCGGAGCUGGAGGCAGUGCAGCAGAAGAUGGAAAUCGACAGAGCGAGUUACGAGCAGAAGCUGGAGCGUCAGACUCAGCUGCUCGACGCCAGCAUGGCAAAGAUCAAGAAACUGGAGGCUCAGCUCAGGGAACUCGCCUACAGCCCCAAAACACACAUCUACAGACCAGACGUCGCAGACGAGGUUGAGUCUGACGAGUCUGAUGAAGCGAUUCACCUUGAGCCUGGACAGAACCUCGUGGAGCUUCAGAUCGUCAGCGCCUCGCUGUCUCCGUCUCUCUUGGAGGCUCUGGGGGAUGACGAGCCCUACACCUUCUGCACCUACUGCUUCUAUCUGUCUAAGCUGCACUCCACGCCAGUGGUGACGGGCCACAGGCCCAGCUAUGGCUACACGUCCAAAUACGUGGUGAGCGCGGACCGUCGCUUCCGCGACUACCUCGGCAGAGAGUCUGUCACCGUCGAGCUGCACCAGGCGCUGGGGACGGACUGGAGGACGCUGGCGAGUGGACGACUCCCACUGCAGCAGCUGCUCAAGCAGGACGAGAAGGUCCACGGCAAGAUACAGCUGGUCGGUGCAGAGUUGGGGACUGUGGGCUCGCUGGAUUACUGGAUGAGAGUCAGUAAUCCCACCACAGAACCCAGCCACGGGUUGAGAGACGAGGAUCUGAAGAAGCCUGGAGGUUUCAUCAGCUCUGCUGUGAACACACAAGCACAGGUCCCGGCACAGGUCCCGGCACAGGUACCAGCACAGGUACCAGCACAGGCUCUGCCUCCGCUGCCCAAACUAAAGCAAGAGACACAAGCGAGGGACGCAGUCUUUGCCAAAAAGGUCAAGUUUGUCAGUCCCACGCCUGCGGCCGAGCUGGUUCAGGACACGCGUCGGUCAGGCCUCAGAGAUCAAACGUCGGCUCCUGUGAUGAAGGUUCUGACUCCAGCUCCUGCAAAGAAAGAGGACGAUGAAGACGAGUCUCUCGUCUCGGCGGGGCAGCUCGUCCCCAACGUCUGCCAGUCCGACUCUGAUGUUUCUGAGGAAAUCAGCGAAGACGUGGAGGCGGCCACGCAGCAUCGCAGAGAAUCCACUCAGUCGGACAGCGAUGACUGCAUCGUUCACGGUCAGGCCGCGGGGAGGAAGGCGUCAGAGCGAGUGCGUGUGGAGGUGGUGUCUCUGAGUCUGAGGGCGGAGUCUCGCGUGGUCCGGGACGCCAACGUGGUGCGUCUGUUCGUGGAGUAUUCUCUGCUGGACCUGCCCACAGAGGAGACGCCCCUGUCUCUGCCCAAGCCCGCCCAGGGGCGGAGCAUCAACUUCAACUACAGCAAAGUCAUUCCAGUGGACGCCGAGAACAACGCGGCGAGACGGCGGCUGCUGAGAGACGUCCUACGGGGACGACGCCCUCAGAUGGAAAGGAUCAGGUUCACCGUGGUGAGUGAACCUCCAGAGGAAGAAGAGCAGGACAGGGAGUGUGAGGACAUGGGCGUGGCCUUCCUGAGGAUCCCCGAAAUCCUGGAGAGACGAAAGGAUCUGAUGGAGACCAGACUGAACGUUGUGGACGUGCUGGACAGCAGUGAGGUGGUCGGCAGUCUGACCGUGUCUGUGGAGGGACUGGAGGCUCUGCAGGCUAUAAUGGGGGACCAGGACCUGGACCAGGAAGCAGCUUCAGCCUCCUUCCUGCUUCCAUCAACGCGACGUGAGGAGACAAGGACACACAUGAACAUGCGUGAACACACGUGAACACACGUGAACACACGUGAACAUAAUGUGCCAGAAAGAAGUUACUUAGUCGAUAUUUAGGUAAAUGUCCUCGUUUGUUACGACGCCACCUACUGUUUCAUGCCCUGCGUUGCUUGAUGUACGUAGACUAGGCCUACGCAGGACAAACAUGGAGUCAUAAUCACUAGCAGUGUUGUGGACACUGUCCACUGUCCCUCUCUCCACCCUGCAGAACAACGAGCGAGUAAAUUUAAGACAAGAGAGAGCAAAUGACGACGUGAUGUCUGGGAAAUGAAACGUGUCCAAGAUCAAAAGACAAAGAUUGACCCAAAAAAGGACAAUCACUUGUCCAGAUCUCAUGGACGAAGACACUCUUACAAGUUGUCCUCCACUCUCGCACCUCUCUUAAGCACAUUUGGUCCUUGAAUUUGAGGGAAUUGGUGUUGGAAAGUCCUUGAAUUUGACAUCAACCAAGGUGCACUUCAGGCUAGAGUCACACUUAAUGGAAGAAUCCGGAGUUGCAGACAUUCUAGGUCUAUUUGUCGGGAUCAAUAGCGAGUUUAUAUUUUGAGUAAUGUCCAUAACUUUCUAUAGAAGACUGUUUAUGUCCCUGAGUCGUCUUCCUGUGACGCCGUCUUCAAAGUCCGUAACAGACGACAGCAGAACUUCAGUACUAGCCUAUACUGGAAUAUGGACUGAAGCAAAGAAGAACGUCUCGUUUUACCGCUUGACCAAUUUAUAUAAAUGAUGACUUCUGAAUCUACGGGAGCCUCCGCCGACGGACGGCUCAACGCACGAGGACAUUUCUAUCUUUAUGGUAUGUGAAGGCCACCGUAGUUCCCCCUGGUGCAGCCCGGGAAAGGGAGCAGUGAGCGGAGGAGGCCCUCCCGUCUGCAGUCUCCCCAUUAGAUGUCACUGUGUUCCACACACUCUACCUUUUUAUAGUUACACUGAAGACUGAGGACAUUAUUUUUAUGUCAGGCGUGUUGACACUGACUUUAGUGUGUGUGUGUGUGUGUGUGUGUGUGAGAGUAAAGGUGAGAAUCACUGACGUGCCUUAAAUGUGACGUCUCCUUCUGUGAUGUUUUGUACUAAAAAUGCUCCAAUAAAGAGACAGUAGUGACACCUGUAACCUAAUCAAUAA